CUACCGUCACCGUAAACUUUGAUGGUUGAAAAUCCUCAGAUUCCCAUAACUUAUCAAACCAAACAGACCCCACCCUCCUCCUUUCUUCACCCCCAUCAAACCCUAAGCUUCACUACAAUCCAAACAAAUCAAUUCAUAUUAUUAAUUCACACCAAACAGGUUAUAAAUUUGAUGGAAAGCAAAAUUUAUUGAAAACCCAAUAUUUUGAUGUUCCUCUUUCAGAUCGAAGUUGAAAUCUUGAAGUGAAAUUUUGGAUUUUUUUUUGUAAUAAUUAAACCUGUAGGGUUUUAAGUAGCCAUGUCUGCGAGGGUUUGUGGGAAGAGAGUUGGGUGUGAAGAAUUAUUCGGAUCUUCUCCUAAGAGAUCCAGAUGUUCAAGUUUUGGUGCUUCUCCAGACCGGCCGCGGGAAUUCGGGUCCGGAUCUGAGGAUCCUGUUUCCUCCUUGUUGCAAACGUUCCCUGCCCUGGAUCCUGAGUUUAUUUCAACGGUUCUUAGAGAUCACAACAAUAAGAUAGAAGAAGCAAGGGAGAGUCUUUCUGUGCUUCCUUCUGAUUUCAUGGAAAGAAAUAAAUCAGCAAGCUCUGAUUCUGCGAUAAUUGGAAAUUGCGUUGAUGUUCCUACUGGGGGCAUGAGUAAUUGUAGUCAAAUAUCAAAGCAUGACGUUCGAGGUGUAAAUAAUAUCAAUCAAAAGUUUGACAACAGGAGUGUGAUUGAUGGGCCUCAAUGGGUGGAUUUGUUUGUGCGUGAGAUGAUGAGCGUAACCAAUCUUGAUGACGCUAGGGGCCGUGCUGCCAAGAUUUUAGAGGCUUUUGAGAGAAAUAUAACGGCCAACACAAGGGCCGCGAAGGAGCUCGAGCUUGCUUCUUUGAAGGAGAAUCUGCAGGGAUUGUUAAACAAUAAUCAAAUUUUAAAGAAAGCUGUUGCCAUACAGCAUCAACGCAAUUUGGAACAGGAGGUAAAUGAAAGAGAAGUAUGCCAGUUGAAGCUCAUGCUCAGUCAAUACCAAGAACAAGUUAGAAAUUUAGAGCUGAGCAACUAUGCAUUGAAGCUUCAUCUCCAGAGGGCACAAGAAAGUAGUUCCCUACAUGGGCAAUUUCACCCGGACAUAUAUUAAUGUUCUGUGUGAUCCCUUGAGUUGGUGUUCAUGAAAUAGCUAGUUUCCUUUUUUCAGUUUUAAGUUCUGAAAGUAUUAAGUUGCAUUACCAAGCAAAAUUAGAUCUCUACACGGUUUGUACCAAUAUGAGCAGUUUUUGUAGAAUAACAUGAUCAGUUUGUGCUCUC